UCAAAGAUUUUAUUUUCUUGCUGAAACUAAAUCAUAUUUGAUGAUAAAAUAAUGUAGCAUAACGCGCUCCUCCUUUUUAAAGCCCAUCUUCGAUGGAUUAUUUUUACCGUGUUUCUUUGCUGAUUUUCAACUUUGUGUUCAAAUGAGAAGACGGACGUUUGCCUCCGGUUUUCACCGCAGCUCGUUUGUUUGAAGCGAUCUGACUGAACUGAGUCCCAACAUUUCACCAGGAUGAACGGCUCUCUUUUAACCCCGCCCAGCCCGCGGGCCGCCAACUCUUCCCCUUUACCUCCAUCGCCCUCCCCGUCUCCGUCCCCCCCGUCCCCGUCUCUGUUGCCCCUAUCCUCCAGACCUCCACCCCUCCCACCUCUGGUGAGCUCGCCUCCCCAGGCUCACCCGUCCUCCCUGUCUGACACCCCAACACCAUCUCCCUCCCCUUCCCUGAGCUGGACUGAAUUCUGUGAGCUCCACGCCCGUGUUGCCGCCGGAGACUUUGCUCGCCAUUUUCGAGCAUUUCUCCUGGAAAAUCCACACUACACCACGGACUCUGCGGCUGCGUUCUGCCGGCGCUUCACCGACCGCUUUGUUCGCCACUUCCAGAGCGAGCUGGAGGGGGCGCUCCCGCCGAGUUGCGCUCCUUGCCGUGAUGAGAUGGUGAGCUGGGCUCCCCCGUCAGACGCUACCUCCCUGGAAGAGGAGGCGGUCUCGCCUUUGUCAGGAACUGGUGGGAUGGGCCUUCCAAGCACCUCUUUGACCUCGGCGAGGGUCAUGUCCAAGCCCACCCCAUCACGGCUGGUGUUGGAGAACCGCAGCGGGGACCGCUUUCAAGAUUCUUAUGCUCACAGCCAAGUCCUUCCCCCUUCCUCUUCGUCGUCGUGCUGCUCCUCAGUGGGAGGGAACAACGGGAGGCGGGAGGAAAGGGGCGCCAUGCUCGGCCCAGGAAAUGGUGAAGCUCCUGUUGAGGAGGAGGAGGAGGACAGCUGGCUGGGCGUGGCUUCAGUUGAGGAAGACGUUGAGCCAGAAGAGCGAGAAGCAGAGUCCUCAGAGGUGGACCACGCAGACUCCUCCCACACUCCUCACCUCCCUCUCUCCUCCGUCACUCCUCCACUCAGCUCCAAAGGUAACGGUACGCCCAAUUCCUCCAAAAACAAACUGAAGAAGCGCUUCUCGCUGCGGAGUGUAGGCCGGAGUGUGCGAGGGAGUGUCCGAGGAAUCCUCCACUGGAAGAGCUCGUCCAGUGACGCCUCCCCCACCCCGCUGCCCUCCAGCUACAGCUACACCAUGGGGGUGCAAGAGGCCAGCCUGGCCUCCAAGAGGAACUCUGCUACUCAGCCUCCUACACCCACCUCCUCCAUGCCCAUGUCACUGUCCAUGCCCCUCACCCUUCCUCACUCCUCCUCCUCCUCCCUGCCGCCCUCCUCCUCCAGCAGCGCCACCUCUCUGUCUCUGUCUGAGGCCGCUCGGGACCGCAGGAGGAGCAACGGAGAAGGAGGCGAGAAGGACAAGUGGAGCCAUCGUCUGGAGAAACUCAGAUUGUCACGAUCGCCUCCUCCCAUCCUCACGCAAACCACCGUCACCUCCUCGCUGCCUCCGAGCAGCGCCUCUGCCAUGGGUCCUCCCAGGAAGGUGGGCCGGCUGGUGCGAGAGGGCGGAGUCAGCGUCAGCUCGUCCAGCGACGAACUGGGUGGUAGCCACGGCUUCUCGGGCUUCUCGUUCGGUCUGCUGCAUCACAGUACGGACAACAACAUGACCCCAUCGUCGGGAGCCGCGGCAGGUCCAGUUCAGCCUCUGGCCAGUGGGGGAAACUUGCCCUGGAAGGGGGGCCGAUGGCAUAAAUGUCGCCUGGUCCUCAGAGAGAGGGACCGAGAGGGUGGCGAGCGGGGAGAGGAGUAUUACCUGGAGUUCUUCAUCCCACCUAAA